ACUGAGAUAGAUAUCUAACAGUAGAAUCAAGAUGGCUAGUUUUUUACCGAUUUGGAUAGCACUUACUUUUAUAAGCAUUGUCUCUGGCUUGGACUCUGAAAACAUCAUAGGCGGUCAAAAUGGAAAUAUAAAUGAUUUUCCAUACCUGGCUUUCAUACGAGUGAAUUACGAACACGGUGGUGGUCUAUGCGGUGGUGCACUUAUCCGUCGUCAAUUCAUAUUGACUUCUACUAGUUGCAUUAGAAGGGCCAUGGACAACUCUAGAGGACUAGCACCAAACACAGUCUACAUUAAAGUUCAUGUAGGAACAAGUGAUUUGACGAGUAGCACUCAAGGUGGGGUGAUUCGCGUGAAAGAGAUUUACUUGCAUAAAGAAUACAAGCGUUUGGAUGUAGCUAGUACAAAUGACAUUGCUGUAUUGAAGCUGGAGUUAGAAGUUCCUAGGCGUCUAACGGCUACUGCUGUGAAUUUACCACCAGCCGAUGAACCUAUUCUAGGUGGGUCUUCUUUAGUAUCCGGUUUUGGUUACAACUCAAUCCAAGUUGAGAAUCGUGGAGGACGGCUUGUAGAAACGGGACAUACAGCGGAUAAAAAAUUGAAAUUCGUCAAGGUGAAUGUGAUUCCCUUGAUCCAAUGCGGGAUACCCAAGAGCGUGAUAAAGACAGAGCACUUGUUACAUAAACUUUUCUGUGGCAAGGUGGUACCAGCAGUACGCAACUUGGAUCAUUAUGGUACUUGCAGUGGUGAUGGGGGUGGUCCUCUUGUUAAGAAUGGAAAAAUCAUUGGAGUCUUGAGUACAGGCCCGUUCGACUGCAACGAGUCACAAUUACCAGCAUUUUACACGCAGGUCUCAGCUUACUUGGACUUCAUUAACCCAAUUCUGGCAGGAAAACCUGGGCCUGCAACUAAGGUGUAUGAGUCGCAAUUUCCACCUGCCCGAAGAAACUAG